GCAUGUUCCUUACUUCCUUUGGGCACCAACAAACACAUAGACACAUCCACUUAGAUCAACUUUCCUCAUCCCUUGAUUUCCACUCCACCAAGGUACCAAACCUACCAAAUGGCAGCAAAGCCUGCAGAAGAACCUCCUCAUGGAGAAACUCUCAAGUACCAGACGUGGGUUCUCAAAGUAUUGAUCCACUGCGAAGGCUGCAAAAAGAGAGUCAAGAAAAUUCUUCAAGGAAUCGAUGGGGUUUAUAAAACAGAGGUGGAUUCUCUGCAGCACAAGGUUACGGUCACUGGUAACGUGGACGCCGAGACUCUCAUCAAGAGGCUUUCAAGGUCAGGGAGGCUAGUGGAGCUUUGGCCAGAGAAACCAGCUGAGAAGAAAGAUAAUAAAAAGUCGGGAAAAUCCAAUAAGGGUGGUGAUAUCAACAAGGAGAAGGAAAACCAAAAGAAUGGUGAACCAGGUGCUGAUGCUGGUUCAAACGAGGGUUCUAAAGAUGGUGCCGGUGAUGGUGAAGAUUCCGAGAAAGAAGAACACGGUGAUGAAUGUGAGGAGGGAGGUGGUGGUGGUGGUGGUGGCGGUGGUGAAGGUGGCAAAAAGAAGAAAAAGAAAAAGAAGAAGAAGAACAACGGGGAAAACGGUGGUUCUGCAUCUGUUCCUCCUAAGAAUGGAGAAAUUAGUAAAGUUGAUGCAUCGGUGGCUUCAAAUUUGGGGACUUCAAUGGCUGCGAAGGAUCUUGUUAACCCUCCAAUUCAGCAUGCCUACCCUUAUCCACAUGUGUAUUAUUCACCUCCUCCUGCUCCUCCAGCUUAUGGAUUAAGCUAUAACACAGCAUAUCCUAUCUCAAGUGCUUCAUAUUAUGUCGGGGCACCCAUCAUGCCCAUGCAUGCUUACGCCACUCCAUACUCUAGACUGCCACCACCUCCUCCACCGUCCGAUCCGAUCAAGCACUAUGGUGCAGAUGAUGAUGAUGAGGAUGAGUAUGGAGGUGGUGGAUAUUGCUCCAUCAUGUGACAGUGAAGUACUUGCUAUAACUAGUGUUAUUUAUUACUUAUCAGUGAUAAAACUAGUUUAAAUUUUGUAACAUGUUCAACCAAAUUAGAAAUUAACUACGGUGUUCGAUGCUUUGUCUCUGCUUCCUUUUUCUUUAACCUUGUUAAGAGUACAGCUUUUGUGGUUUCCUUGUAAUGCUCUGCAAUUUGUAGGUCCUGAAAUCUUCAUUUCCCUCUCUAUCAUAUGUGUAAAGUAUCUUUAUAAGUAGCAGCUUUUCUUUUUCUCU